AUGUCUCUAACUAUAUCAAAAGAUAAUCCUUUUCAAGUCUUGAUUGCAGAGUCCGAUGAUGAUCCUGCUCAAUUGCAAUUGCGCUAUGAGAAGCACCGAACAAUUCGGAAUGAGCAACAAAGUAAUAAGAUCCUAGCGGAAAGCUUUUCCGGCUGGACCUUGGAUGAGGUUCUUAUGCGACUCGAAGGCUCCGCUAAAGAAGAAGGAUUCUUCGAUCCGCGCAAUUGUCUUGUCAUUUGGGCCAGGCCUCCUUCUCACAUCCGUGACCUGAUAUCUGUUGUGCAAAGCGAGUUGAAGGAUGUCGCUCCAUCACUUUGGCUCAUGCCUCUUGAAAAUCUGCACACCACGGUCUUGGAAGUGGCCCAUUCUUUGACUGAAUCGCAGAUUGAAGAUCUCGUCCAAACUCUCAAGUCCUCGACAGAGAUCACCCAAGCACAGAUCGCAGAACACCCAAUCAGUCACCAAUCACGCCUUUUGAAGCCGAUGGUGAGCUUCGACUCUUCUGCAAUGGCGCUUAGCUUUGCACCUGCCGCGGGAGAAUCCUCCACAGUGCAAUCCAAUGGCCAUGAUGAUCACUACACAUACCAUCAUCUCCGCCGGGAUAUAUUUGAUAGGGUUCGGCAAACUGGUAUUCCCGUUGCCUCGCGCUAUAUCGUUCCGUCGGCACAUGUUACUAUCGCACGCUUCAUCACUCAGGAAGGGUUCCAGUUCAACGGAACGGACUCCGCAGGAAAAGUCGACCACUCCCGUGUGAAGCUGCUUGUUGAUAGAAUUGGUGAUAUCAACAAGAAACUGGAAAGCAUGUACUGGCCUCAGCUUGAUGGCACUCAGCCUGAAAAGGGUGAAUGGGUGGUUGGGCAGGACAAGCUGGUGAUCCGCAGGGGUCGGCUUUGGUAUGGAGGAGGUGACGAUGUUUAG